UAUCAGUACUCGACGGGAAAGAGAAUAUUUAAGGUAGUAUUCAUGUAGUCGACCGUUCUUAUUUCAAAUCAUAUCUUACUCACUAAUGCUCAAGAUGCUCGGUAUUUUGUGAUUGGUUUAUGACACUUAAGACGUUCUUAAAUAUAAGAAAUGGAAAACAAACUAUGAGUACCGGUCUUACUGCUGUUUAGUUCUUUUCGCAUCGCUGCUCGCAUAAGGUUACAGAGGUUAUACUAUCGCGCUUAUAAACACAAUGUCCCGAUUAUCGUAUACCUACAGAGGUCUUAUUGUUCCCGUAUUUACUACUUUCAAUAGCGAUGGAUCUCUUAAUUUGGAUAUUAUAUCACAAUAUGCGACAUAUUUAGCAAAGAAAGGGAUCAAAGGUAUUCUUGUUAAUGGUACAAGCGGUGAGGGAACGUCAUUGUCUGUUGCCGAGAGGAAACUCAUUACCGAAACCUGGGUAAAGGCAGUGAAAGAAACAAAGCAACACUUGAUGAUUCAAGUAGGAGGUGCACCUCUUCCCGAUGUUAUUGAACUUGCGAAACACGCAAGUAGUAUGCAAGUGGAUUCUAUACUCUGCUUACCAGAAUUGUACUUCAAGCCUACUACUCCUAAAGAACUGAUUGAAUACUUGAAAAUAGUUGGAAAGGCAGCGCCAAAGACACCAUUAUUAUAUUAUCAUAUUCCUAUGUUGAGUAAUGUUAACAUACACAUGGGACAGUUUCUUGAAUCAAUUGAUGACAAAAUACCCUCGUUCGUGGGUAUAAAAUUCACCAGUGCCAAUUUAGAGGAAGGAGCACAAGCGUUACGUGCCGAUAAUAGGAAAUAUGUUAUUUUCCUUGGCAAUGAUCAGUUAAUAAAUGCUGCAUGUGCAUUGGGGAUGGAUUCCUUCAUAGUAACCAGCAUAAACAUGUUUCCGGAAUUUGUAUUAAAUCUCCUUGCUGCUUUCAAGAAAGGAAAUAUAUUAAGGGCUAAAGAUAUGCAAGAGAAGCUUUCAAGCAUUGUGAAUGCUAUAACGAAGCAUGGUAACUGGGUGCAGACUAUGAAAGUAGCAAUGACUCUUCUUACUGACAUUAAUGUAGGGCUACCUCGUGCACCACUUAAACCUAUUUCUUCUGAAGCUGUAGCAAUUAUGACGGAAGACUUAACAACCUUAGGAGCUUAACUUCAGCCAAACGUUAAACGUUAUUGAGAAUAUUUUCCUUCUUCUUUUACAGAAAUUUAGCACUGGAAAAACAGUGAUUAAUGAACAAACGGUGCUUUUAAUACACAAAAUAAAUAAUUUCCAGUGUUAGAUUAUAGAUUUCUAUAAUGGUUUAAGGGUUCAUCACAUUUGUGUGAUUUAUAUUUAUAUCACAUUAUAUAUUAUCUCAUUUCAGGUUUUCCAAUAAAUUAAUUGUUACUAUCCAU